AUGAUGGGAAGAUGCUCAAUUUCAUCGUCGUCGAAUACGAAUGAGGUUAACUUGUUCAAGAGCUUGACGGGUAUCCAACAACUUGUAGAAACUCGUCAAUUCAAGGCAUGGUUCUUAGAUCAAUUUGGAGUCCUUCACGAUGGGAAACAACCGUACCCGGGUGCAAUUUCAACAUUAGAAAAGCUGGCAACCAGUGGUGCCAAGAUGGUGAUUAUUAGUAAUUCCUCAAGACGCGCAUCAACAACCAUGGAAAAACUGAAGAGCCUUGGAUUUGACCCCUCUCUCUUUGUGGGAGCCAUCACUAGUGGAGAAUUGACAUAUCAGCACCUUCAGAGGAGAGAAGAUGAUUGGUUUGAAAAAUUAGGAAGUUGUUGCAUUCACAUGACCUGGAAUGACCGGGGUGCUGUAUCACUGGAGGGCCUAGGGUUACGAGUCGUGGAGUAUGUUGAAGAAGCUGAGUUUGUUUUGGCCCAUGGAACUGAAGCUUUGGGGCUUUCUUCUGGUGCUGCAGUUCCCAUGAAACUUGAGGAUCUUGAAAAAAUAUUAGAGCAAUGCGCAGCUAAAAGAAUCCCUAUGGUGGUAGCUAAUCCUGAUUUUGUGACUGUUGAGGCUAGAGCGCUGCGUGUCAUGCCGGUAUUGAAGUUAUUCAGACUGAUGUUUAGCUUUAUGAAUUUCUUGAUAUGCACCUCUCCAGUGAUUAAAAAAAGUUCCAUGAUUGAACUUAUAGUCAUAUUGUGGCAUAUUUAUCUUGGAUAUCCAUUCACCAACUUAAACACUUCAUUCUUGCCCUUCUUCACCAUCUCCCCUGUACAUCCUCCUCCUGUCUCCUCUCUCUGUGUGGCUUACGUACUGGUCCUUUUUUUAGGUACACUGGCAGCGACAUAUGAGAAACUGGGUGGUGAAGUAAAAUGGAUGGGCAAACCUGAUAAGAUCAUAUAUAAAUCAGCUAUGGCGAUGGUUGAUGAGGAGGCUUCUGAUUGUAUAGCUGUGGGAGACUCUCUCCACCAUGACAUAAAGGGUGCUAAUGCUGCUCAAAUCUGCUCGGCGUUUAUCACUGGUGGGAUCCAUGCAACUGAACUUGGUCUUGGUAAAUUUGGAGAAGUUGCAGAUCAAUCUUCUGCUCAUGCUCUUUCAAAGAAGUAUGAUGCUUAUCCAUCAUACAUAUUGCCCUCAUUCACAUGGUAA